UCGCUCAGUAAAUAUAAUCGCUUUUUUCUCUGUAAACCACAAUCUGCCACAAUGACUGAGAAAGUUGCUAAGAAGAGAUCACCAGCUAAACAUCCCAAAUUCAAGGAGAUGAUUAAAGCAGCCAUAACAAGUCUUAAGGAGAGGAACGGUAGCUCGAGAGCCGCUAUUGCAAAGUACAUACUGACAAACAACAACGUCGAAAAUAACACUCAGUUCCUGAGCAACUUGAGGCUUUCGUUGAAACACGGUGUUCAGAGCGGUUCCCUGGUCCAGACUAAAGGCUCCGGAGCUUCUGGUUCUUUCAAGUUAGCUAAAUCCGACAAGGUUAAGAAAGUUGGGAAGCCCAAGGGAGGUGCUAAGAAGAAGUCCGCUCCCAAGAAGAAGACAACCGCUACCAAGAAAACUGGUGCCGCUAAAAAGAAAAGUAGUGCCGCUAAAAAACCCGCAAAACCCAAGGGUACCAAGUCGCCAGCUAAAAAGAAGCCAGUAGUUAAGAAAGCACCAGCUAAGAAGAAGCCUGUCAAGAAAGCUGCCGCAAAGAAGUCUGCAGUUAAGAAAACCAAACCUGCCAAGAAAUCCGCUGCUAAGAAGUAAAUUGACCCAAGCAUUUUUAUUUUCCAUAACUCAAAGGCCCUUUUUAGGGCCAUUAUUCCCUCUUGAUAGUCAUUUUAGGGCGGUCACGAUAUGCCUUUCUCCCUCGCAAGAGUUUUCUUUCACAAUUUCUUCAUUUUUAUUUGUCUACCUCGUUAGCUUCGGUCAUUAUUCGUUCGUUUUCUAUUCCCCCCAUUACUAGUUUUCUGUUUGUUUGCAUCUAAUUUAUUUGUCUCCUGUUUACCAAUGUCGUUUAUCUUUCGAUGUUGAGUCAGGUUUUCGCAUGCGAUUUCGUGUUCUCCUUCCUGGCUUUUGUCCACCUCCCAAUCUUAAUAUUUCAGGUCUUGUGAACAAGUUUUCGGUCAUACCUAGUUGGCACUUAGGGGCAAAUGCAGCCCUGGCACUUAGGCAGAUUUUUACCACUUACAUGAUUUAUUAGUGAAUCGUUUGUCGUGAUGGGAUAUUUCGCACCAAGAUUUAGCUAAUGCCGUGUCCCUUCAUAAGGCAGUGAUAGCCUAGUCCAUCUAAUUUGCGUCGCCAUGCUAAGAUCUAUGUAUAUUACUGGGUUAAGUAAUAUCUUUGUCAACGAAAAUUUUAGGUGCUAUGGAAUUGCGGUAACAUUAGGCUGCUAUGUCUAGUACGGCUAUUUGGGCUCUGUCAACUGGCGGUAACAGCUAAACGUCGCUUGUUAACCGUCUGAAGUCUCUUUAUUUGAAAAACCUUCAGACUAAAGAUGGUUCGGUACAACCCGGUUUUUCUUAACAGCUUUUGUGAAGAUGGGUAAUUUAACCCAUCAAUUAACUAGAUAAACAAUGCCGUUAUUAAGUAUUUUCCAUCCUGAAAGUCUGUUCCAUAACUCUUGGUAUUUAGACAGGCAGGUUGUUCCGAAGUCCCAUACACCUUUUGGGGUCGAAAAAGUUCGGAGAUCGAGAACAGAAGUAUUUAUUGCCUACCACAACUCUGCAAAAUAAAGGGAAAAGCCCCACCCUUUUUCGGUUUUCCAUGUGGGAUGGGAAUGCUAUUCCGAAUUUCAUAUUUCCUUGAAUCAAUCAUUAUAAAAAAUAUAUUGCUGUUAAAUUAAAAUUUAUUUCAUGAGGUGUCAA